GAAGUAAUAAAUGAAUUUCUAAACGUAGUUACCGCAGUUAUCGUUUUUUAACUUAACCUGUACCUACGAGAAUAUUAACAAACCAAUUGUGAAUUGGAAUGAACUUGUUUUUUAAUCUCUUUCAAAAAUUAAAUAUUUUAAUUAACAACAGAAAUGACGUAUAAACGUAAAAAAUAUCACCGAGGAGAUACACAUUUGAAAAAAGGUUGGAGAACUAAAAGGAGAACUAAAGAUUUAGACGAGAUUGACGUAGAUUUAAAAGAAGAAAAUGUGAAACAAUUAUUAAAUCAAGAAGUGGAUUUGGAAAAACCAGGAAAUGCACAACAUUAUUGCAUCCAUUGCGCGAAAUAUUUUAUAGAUAAAACUGCAUUGCAAAGUCAUUUUACAACGAAGGUACAUAAACGUAGAUUAAAAGCUCUCGAAAUAGAACCCUACACAAUCGAGGAUUCUGAAAGGGCUGCUGGAAAAGGAAGCUACAUAGCACCGCAAAAAAGAAAAAUAGAAACUUUGAUUAAAGAUAAUGAAAACGGAACAAUACCAAAAGCUAAGUUAAUAAAAAUGGAUACUUAAAUUUAUUAUA